CUUUCUUUACCGCAUAGGUUAACAUGUAUUAAGUUUGCGGUGAACAGACUGGGCUUAUUUGCGUCCUCGGUGCCCUUUUAACUUGCGUCAAACUGACUAGAUCGCUUGGCAAGCGGCCAGAUCCUGUUCUUGGCACCCAGAAGGCAACCCGACCUGGCUAAGGACGCAGAAAAGCAAACAGAUUGCGGUAAAGAAGCGGAAGCAAACCGAGAUCAACGUAAGCGCGCCGGGGCUCAGGUAUGCCUGGCAUCGCACCAGGAAUGAAGAACGACGCAGAUUGGAGCUAGAACCGAGGCCACAAGCUGAGUGUCACUUCUGGAAAUCCAGUCCAGGACAGCCGAGGAGCCGGAGCCGGAGCGACCGGGGAUCCGAGCACCGGGACGCUCCUCUGUCCCAAACGGGGAUCCGAGCGCCGGGACGUCAGUCCGUCUAAAGCGGGACCUGAAAGCCGGCCUGGCGGCUCUGUCGCAAACUUGCGGCAGACACCUCCCCAGCAUGGAUCCUGACUCCAGAACAGCGGCAUCUCCCGCAGAGCUCGGGGAGGAGAUGACGGGGGGAGCUGCGGAAGGGGACAUGACAGAGGAGGUGGAGGCAGAGGAGGAGGAGGUGGAGGAGGAGGGAGAGGUGGAGGCGCAGGCAAAGGCAGAACGGGCGGCUUUAACCGCUCAGCGGCAGUUGCGGACAGUGGAGGAGCUGAUUCAGACGGAGAGGAGCUACCUGAGGAACCUCCAGCUGUGCACUGACACCAUCAGGAGAAACCUGCAUUUGAUCCAGCCCCCGUUGGAUAACCUGGACAGCAUGUUCCUGCAUGUUGAUGGGGUCAUCGACGUGUCACGCCGCCUGCUGAGGCUUCUGGAGCAGACCGAGGUGUCGGACCCGGACCUCCUCAGAAUCCUGUGUGAGGUUUUUUUAAGCUUGAGGACGGACAUGGAGAAGGCAUACAAAGAGUAUCUCGCCAACUACAACAUCAUCACGGCUCUGGAGAACAGCUACAAGCAGAAAGAGGCCUUGUGGCUCGAGAUCGUGAUGGUGAUCAAGUCCUCGGCGCCGGAGGUCAACGCAUCCUCCUUGACCUUCUUCCUGGUCAUGCCGGUUCAGAGGAUUGCCCGCUACCCCCUGCUGCUGCAGACCAUCCAGAAGCACACGGACCCCACGCACCCGGCCUACCCUGCUUUGGAGCACGCCUUCCACGUCGCCGUGGAGAUGAACUGCAACAUAAAUGAGUACAAGCGCUUCCGGGAAGUCGCGGACAAGUAUAAGAAAACUGAGACGUUGACAAUAAUAGACAAGAUGAACCGGCUGACUGGACACAGCAUUGCCAAAAAGACGACCAGGCUGAGCCAGUUCAUCAAGGUUGAGGCUGGCAUUGUCCCCAAGCUGAAGGAUGAAGAAUUCGAUGUCCUACAGGGAUUUUUCUGUGUCCUGGAAAAGGGGGUCGUGAACCUCCAUGAGAACGUGAUAGCCUUCCUUACUUAUAUGCAGCUUUUUCUCCAACACAGACCAGAGGAGCAUGACCUGGACAUGGUGGGGGAAAAGGCUGCUGUCUGCUAUAAGGAAAUCAGCACGGCCCUCCGGCAGUGGAUCUACCCCACCUUCGAGCACCGGGUCCGGACGCUGGUCUACAAACCCCUGUGCUCCCUGCGGGAGCUGAUGCAGGGGCCCCGGAACCUGAUCCGCAAGCGGAUGGACAAGCUGCUGGACUUCGAGGCCCUGGGUGAGAGGAGCAGCCUGAGCUACGAGGAGCAAGAGGUGGCGACGGCGUACCGCACCAUCAACGCACUGCUGCUGGCCGAGCUGCCCUGCUUCAACAGCGUCACCCUGCAGCUCCUCUGGGGGACGCUGGGCACGUUCAGCUGCCUGCACCGCGACCUGGCGGCCGACGUGGAGCAACUGUUUGCGAGCUACACUAACGAGCUCCCCCACAGCCAGCUCAAGCCCAGUGCAUUCUGGGAGUGGGCAGAGGGCUGCAUCUGUGAACAGGCAGAGAGACUGGACGGCCUGAUUCAGAGCGUGCAGGACGACCUGAAAGGCCCCAUUGUGCAGCCUCUCAGCCCCACCUCCCAAAGGCGCCUGAAGAUCCUGACAGACAAGUUUGGCCCGGGCAAGAUCUACCAGCUGACGGGUCAUGUGACUGGCGGCCGUGAGCUGGACCUGACGCUGCAGCGGGGAGAGCUGGUAGCGCUUAUGAGCGAGAUGGAUACCCGCGGGGACCGGCGCCGCUGGCUGGUAGACGCAGGGGGACCCAGAGGUUAUGUGCCGUCGGCCAUGUUGGUGCAUUAUCACCAGGUCAGCAAGGACUCACCCCUGUCGCCGCAUAUCGCCACCGUCAUCAGCCGGAAUGAAGGCAGAAGGCACUCUUACACCCCACUGGCCCAGCCGGCCAGCACUGUGACCACACCCUACUUCCAGGUAGUUGCAGGCUAUGACUUCACGGCACGCAGUCGGCACGAGACCACCCUGCGGGCCGGUGAACCAGUGCGGCUCCUGGAAUCCCACGACAAGCGGGGCAACCCCGAGUGGAGCCUGGUGGAGGUUCGUGGCCAGCGCGGCUACGUACCCUCCAGUUACCUGACUAUGGUGCCCUCUUCAUCGCUCCAGCCCACCCCUCCUUACUGUUAGAAACUGGUAUUCGUACCCUCGACUCCAGGAAGCUGUUUCCGAUUUGGAGGUAUCGCUAGGACUGCCAGUGACGUUGCUACCCGUUUGCCCCGCCCCUGCUUCUGGCUCCGCCUCCUCUUCAAGCGACCAUGUACCAGAAGGCAGCUUAAGCACGAUGAUGUAUCGAUGCUUCCUGGAUUGAUGGGGCUGGUGGAGCCCCCUGCUGUCUGCAUGACUCACAUGGUGUUUAUAGGCUGGCUGAGUGACUCAUUCGGGCUCAGCAUGUUGGCUUGUGUUGCACUGCAGCUCCACAAGCAUCAGGAAACUGGCGCUGUUUGCCAUAUAAGGUUAAGGGUAGCCCUAAGUAUCCUCUCACGGGAUAUUUAUACAGUAUGUGCCUAGGAUCUGCUUUCCCUAAAGAGACUCAUGAAUUUUGGGAGGAAUCAUAGCCAAGCUAAUGGAAUCCUGAAUUAGACUGUGAGCGACCAUGUUAUUGCAUUGAUACAAAUGAUUUGCGAUGUUCUGAUGAGUUUGCGCUCACAGUGACACAACGCAAGAUUUACUAUGAAUUCACUAUGCUUAUGAGCGUACGGGCUACAGCUAAAACCCAGAGGAUGAAAACGUAUCUCCUGAACAGAAGGUUGCAAGUUCCAGGCUCCGCUGAAUUUCUUUAAUAUGUUCAGCUGCAGACAGAAGAAGAAAAGCGUCACUUGACGAAAUUUUGCUGUGCCAAUUCUUGUGCAUUCUCUGAGCUGUCCACCAGGGGGCAGGAAAUGCUCUUUGCUGUGGCUCGUUGUAUUCUUUACCAGUCAGUAUUGAUUGUACGGCUCCUGUGGGGCUGCACUCAGCAGUGAUAUUAUUCAUCCGAUGAUUCAUGUGGGACGGGAAGGUUCCUGUGUGGCACAGCCGCUGCUCUGAAGCGUCUUUUAAUUUAUUAUCCUCAUAUUUAUUUAUGCUAUUUAUUUCACAAAGUGAGGAUGGUUUAGUCCAGGGUGGUCUGUGUGCAGGGGGGUGUUUCCUGCUGAAUAGUAGAGACCUCCUUUACUACUGAACAGACUGCAAUUUACACUGACGGUGUCAUCACCUGCUAAGUCAGCCACGGGAUUGUGCAUCGUCCUGCGUUUUAAAUAAAGAAACCUUGAUUCUCAGA